UCAGCUUUCAAAAUGUGUGCAACGCAGUUUGGAGAGUUUUAUAAAUUUAUAGAACCGCCCGCUAACAAUGUGUUAGAACUGAGUUUUCAAGUUCCGUUCCAAAUUAACUUGCGAGCCCAACGGAUCGCGUCGCACUCGCUGCAGCCUUCAAGAUCAACGCCCCAGCCAGAUAGACAGAUCGUCACAGACAUAUAUAUAUAUAUAGGGUAUAUAGAGUGCACGAUGUAUUCGCGUCAUCAGAGUCGAUAUCGCAUGUCUUCCAAGCCCCAACUGCUCCAGCUCCAGCUGCUGCUGCUCUCGCUGCUGCUGCUGCUGCCGCUGCCAAUGGGAAGCGCAAGUCCUGCAGCGCCGGCUCACACCAUCUACUAUCGCAAUCAGCCACCCGAUGCGUCCGGACACUAUGACUUCGAGUUCCAGACCUCGAAUGGUAUCACCACUAAGGCGGCGGGCAACGAGAAUGGCGCCGUGGGCGUGGUCCAGUAUGUAUCCUUGGAGGGUCUGCCCGUUACCUUCACCUAUGUGGCCGAUGCCAAUGGCUAUCAGCCCAGCGGCGACCAUGCCCCAAAGCAUCUGGGCCGCCAGCUAGAGUACAUUCGCACGCAUCCGGCGGUGGAUGAGGCGCAAUCGAGGCGUUUGUAAAGCUCACUUUGAGUUCUUGAAUGUUUACAUUUAAAUAUAUGCGUGUAUAUAUCUAGCUAAAUUGUCAAUUAAAUGCCUGUCGUCAUUUGGGCCAAGCAGUUA